AUGAGUGAAGCAGAGUAUACUGCUACAACUUUACCUUGGUCAUCAUCUCGAUCCACAUCUGACCCUCAAUCCACCUCCCAAAUGCUCAAUCAUCAACCUUUCAAACUUUCCUCAAAUGCACCAAACUUGACAAAUGGUGGAGUUCGAAAUUUUCCGGCCUCAAAUCGAUCUUUCAACCAUCCAUACUCUGCAAAAAUUGUAUUUUUUUACAAGGAAGGCGAUAUCUACUUCACCGGUAUCCGCGUGCCAGUAUCAAAAGCUCGAUAUCGGACGAUCGAAUCACUGUUAGAUGAUUUAAAUAGUAAUAUUUCAAUGCCGUUUGGCGUACGUCGUUUAACUACUCCACGUGGAAAAACUGUCAUUAAAAAUAUAGACCAGCUACAACAUUAUGGGCGAUACGUCGCAUCAUCCUUUAAGACUUCACGACCAUUAAAUUUGUCAAUGGUGGAGAAAUUUAAAAAAAUUCGUCAAAUCAAUCGUACGAAUGGAUUGCAACUUAAUCGUAGAGCCUGGUUUAAUCAAAAACAGAAAAAAAACGGCGGUUCCAAAUUAUCGCCGAAACUGUCCGACGUGCCAAUAACUGCAAAACAGAUAUUAUUUGUACUAAAUGGACAACCUUCGCGAAUUUACUGGGUUGCUCUUGAUUCAUUGCGCUCGCGCACAAUUGAAUCAGUGUUGGAAGAAGUUUCAGAAGGAUUACAGACGACGAUUUUCAAGCUGCAUACUUUUUCUGGUAAAAGAAUAAUAAGUAUAAAUGAUAUUUUUUCUCUGAAUGAAGCUCGUUUGCUCGCUGUACCGCGAAAUGAACGACCAAAAAUUUGUGGAAGCAAUAUUUCGAUGCAUUUACCACCUUUACUUCCACCUACCAAAAUCUUACCGCCAAGUUUUAAUGCACAAACAUGUAUUGCAAAACAAACGAUACAUUCAUCUACUCGAGAAAAUUCUAUCGAGCAAUCGCAACGCUCCAAUAGCAACAGUAAGACGAUGCCUUUAACAGUAAUGAAUCGAAUGAACAGUAUCAAUAAAUUGCAAACUCUUUCACCAAAAUCAUACCGGGAAAUACGAAUAGAAUCACCGCAAUAUUGUCCAGGUUCAUUGCUUUGUGAAAAAUCAGUGGAGAAACAAGGUGAAAUGAACAUUACUAAUGAUGAAGAGAAGAGCAAAACUGUGAAUGAAAGGAACGAAAGUGAACGAAUGUCAGGAAAUCAAAAUUUGUCUGCAGAAGGAAAUGAUCAGAGUAAUCAAUCCUCCAAAAACACUGAUUUAGAAAUGUUAAUGACGGAAAAGGUUUUGCUAGAAAAGAACUCUGGGACUGAACUUGAAGCCAAUAGAAGACAACUGAUGAACUGUACAGAAACAGAUGAACAGAAAAUUCAGCACAUUUGUCCUUCAUUCAGCAACAGAUUUGAGCAUAAUAAAAAUUUUGAUGCAGAAGAAGUAUCUGAAGUUCAAAAAGCUGCAACUAAAAUUCAAGCAGUUUAUCGAGGGUACUCUGUGCGUAAAAAGUUCAAAGAUGAGCAUAAAAGUCAUACGGAGCUUCCCAAAUACAGUCAGCAAGACGAUCAAUUUAAGUUACAAACUGAAGCAGCAAUUAUCAUCCAGGCAUCCUGGCGGGGCCAUCAUAGCAGGAAAUUGUUGAAGCAACAAAAAUUGGCUCAAGCAAUGGAACGACAAGUAACCACUACAGAAUCUGAUUUUGGAGCUGUGAAGUUACUGGAAUCGCAAACAUCUAAUUGCGGAAGCAAUGGCUGCCCAGUCGCAAGUGAUCCCUCUUCUAAUUUUGAUGAAAACGACAUGAGCAGUACAGACGAUUCAGAAAACAUUACCUAUACAGUUUCGGUAAUCACUGGAAACCGUUGGGCAGCUGAUACAGAUUUAGAUUUGUUUAUUAUUUUGUAUGGCGAGUUAAAUAAAAGCGAUAAGCAAUUUUUGCGACAAGACACAAAUGAGCCAAAGUUUCGACAAAAUCGAAUGGAUUCAUUUCAUAUUAAAUCAGCGAAACUUGGCUUGCUUCAAAAAAUAAUUAUCGGCCAUGAUCAUAUUGGUUACGGUGCAGGAGUAUAUAUCGAACGCAUUUUGGUGACUGAAAAUAUUGCAGAUGGACGACAAUAUCUUUUUCAAUGCACAAAAUGGCUUGAUAGUGGUCAAGUGGAUGGGAAAAUCGAACGGAUUUUAAAAACGACAGCUUUUUGUUACUUGACUCCGAUUCUGUAUGAUGACAUAAAAGCCACAAGUGGUCGAUGGGAACUCAUUUUACAUUCAGGAAAACCUGAUGGUAGCGGUGCAACAACGUCAAAUUUGAAUAUUGUCGGUUAUAGCAACGACAGUUGUUCAGUAACAUCCAAAAUUUAUGAUAAUCGUAUGGCAAAAGUCCCAUCAGCAUCUCUUGUCCAAGUGGAUUUUGGUGAUAUUGGGAAUUUGCUAAAAAUACGCAUUGAAAUUGAUGGAUAUGGUGACAUGCCAGAUUACUACUUGGAUUAUGUUGAACUCAGAGACUUGGAUACGGAAGAACAUAUGGUAUCAUAUGUAAGAAAAUGGAUGAAAAUUGGCUCUGAUGACAAGAAUGCCCAACCCUUCCGGGAAUUUCCAGUCUUUCGAGCCGCUUUUGAACCCUUAAAUAUAUUCUCAUAUGAAGGAAAAAUUAAACUGACUUCACGAAAAAUUCCAUUUUUGGAUGGUUCGAUCGCUUACACGAAAAUAUUUGGUGAAUUGGGCGAAACUGGUCUCAUUCCUAUCAAUUUCCAAAACGCUUCCGACUCAACGUUGGAAGUACCAUUUAAAGCAGAAGCUGUUUCUGUGGGACGUAUUCGCAACAUAAGAAUUUACAUAAAAAUGAGUAAUAUAGGCGAUGAAAUAUACGAAGGCAUGCAGGUGUUACAAAGUAUUUAUCAUAAACGGCUAGGAAAAAGAAGCAUACCAGUGGCGGGCGAUUGGAUUACCGACAAAGUGACCAUACGUGAAUCGCAUCAUGCACCAUAUCGCUUUGUAUUAUCAUUUAAUCAACAAACAGAAAUGGAAGGCCUACCGACUAAAAUGAGAAAGAAAAAAGUCUCACCAAAGAAGCAGCAACAUUGGAUUUUAUCAAUGACUAUUGGCAAAGAAAGUACACUGGUUCCUAAAGUUAUGAUUUGCUCACAAAUUGACUGCGUGGAAAUGGCUAUCAUCAGUACAACACCGACUGACAUGAUUAUCAAUUUUGAGAAGACAACGAAUAUUCCAAUAAUUACCAAAGUUAGAGUCAGUGUCAGUGGCGACCGGAAACUUAAUCAUACAUCAUCAAAUUACAAGCCAGCAAGUAGUCACAAUAUGAUUGAAAUACUAAAGAUGAAACUUCACGACUCUCUGAACGGAGAUGAAGUUCGAUUUCCAGCUGUGAAUACGAUACUUACAUCUGAAUCGGUUUAUGAAUUUCCAGCUGUUUGGCCAGAUAUUCCUCCUAGUUCGAGUAAGUUCUAUUUUUCAAUUGCAGAUGUUGUUUACAUUAUUACGAUAAAAUCUGGCGAAUCAAACGGACAUUUUGACGUGCAUUUAACGUUAAUUGGAAGCAAAGGUGAAACAGGUUUUCGAAAGUUGACAAAUGGUGAUACGGAUCCAUUCCAGGCCCAGAAAGUUUGUUAAAA